AACAGAAUUAAUAGAAGUUGCCAACCAAUUGCCUUGAAGAGAAGCAGAAUUUGCUUCUAUUAAGUAAAAGAGUGGGCUUCUCUCUGCAUCUCAUUGCCUGUUAUAUAAGUGAACAGAGUUUAAGAGAAGUUAUCACCAAUUGCCUUGGGAGAGAAGGGGAAACAUCGAUCAUUAGCGAUGAUCAGCACAAUGGGAUUGCUGCAGAGUUGGGGUGGUUUAGGGACCAGCAUUGCUAGUUUCAUAUUCAUGUGGGAUAUGAUCCGUCGAUAUUGUCCCCCUGAGCUCAUUCGAGCUUCAGAUAAGUGGACAAGAAGAAUCAGGAGCUUCUUCUACCCUUUCAUUCAGAUUUCCAUCAGUGAAUUCAUGAGCAACAAUCUCAAGCCACAUGAUGCCUAUGCAGCAGUCGAGGCGUAUCUCAGUGUCCAUUUAGCAAAAAAGGCAAAAAGGCUCAGAGCUGAAACUGUGCAUGGUGGGGGAAAGCUGGUGCUAAGCAUGGAUGAGCAUGAGAGAGUUACUGAUGAGUUUCGCGGAGCAAAAAUAGAAUGGAUAUCUGGGAAAAUUGUGCAACGAGAAAGCAAGUACUUGCCAGAUGUAGAAAGAAAAUAUUACAAGGUGACAUUCCACAAAAAAUAUCGUGAUAUGGUGACUGAUACUUACUUGGAGCAUGUGAUCAAGACAGGGAAAGAGAUACAGAUGAGAAAUAGGAAGAGAAAGCUCUACACAAAUGGCCACAACAAGACCACAUGGAGCCAUAUUGUAUUUGAGCACCCUGCAACAUUUGAUAGCCUGGCAAUGGAAGCAGAAAAGAAGCGGGAGAUUGUGGAUGAUCUCCUCAUAUUUAGAGAGAGCAAGGAUUUCUAUGCCAGGAUUGGCAAGUCGUGGAAGCGGGGUUAUCUACUAUAUGGUCCCCCAGGUACUGGGAAGUCUACCAUGAUUGCUGCAAUGGCAAAUUUAUUGGAUUAUGACGUCUACGAUCUUGAGCUGACAUCGGUCAGGGACAACACAGAAUUGAGAAGGCUCUUAGCCGAAACAUCAAGUAAAUCUAUUAUAGUGAUAGAAGACAUUGACUGCUCACUUGAUUUAACAGGUCAAAGGAAGAAGAAACAGGAGAAACCUCCAGAAGAGAAGACUUCAAAGAACAAGAAAGAAGUUCCUCGCAAGGAAACCGAAGAGAGUGGAAGUAGAGUCACUCUCUCCGGGCUUUUGAACUUCAUUGACGGCCUUUGGUCAGCAUGCAGUGGAGAGCGUAUAAUUGUCUUUACUACAAACUAUGUGGAUAAGUUGGAUCCAGCUCUUACAAGAAGGGGAAGAAUGGAUAAGCAUAUUGAACUCUCCUACUGUAGUUUCGAGGGAUUCAAGGUGCUUGCAAAGAAUUACCUGCUCUUGGACGAACAUCCCCUGUUUGAACCAAUAGAAAUGUUAAUGAAGGAGACAAAUAUCAUACCUGCUGAUGUUGCAGAGAACCUGAUGCCUAGCUCCCCGAAAGAAGACGCAGGGAAAUGCCUUAUGAAGCUGAUUGAAGCUCUCAAACAGGCAAAAGAACUGAUGAUAAAGAAAGGAAAGGAGGAAUCAGCUGACAAAGAACUGCCUGAAAUAAAAGAAGAUGCACAUGUGUUGCAGGAAAUUGAAGAUUCUAUAGACAAAGUUUAGAUGGUUUUUCGCAAAAUUAACAAAGAGUUUGAGACCUUCACGUUUUACAGUUGAUUCUUGUAAGAUCAUCAAACUACUCUUCUGUAGCUAGGGUUGAUGCCGGACCUAAAAGUAGACCCUUUUUUAUGUGAGACAUGAGUUUCAAACUGAAAUUUGGAUGAAGAGUUUAUCCCAUUUACUUAGUUUUAUCCUUUUUCCCACUUCCAUACACACAACAUGUCCAGCCUAUCCUUGUAGAACAAGAAGAAAGCUCUUUGCAUAAUAAAAUCAUUCACUUUCCGUCAAAA